AUCGCGGAGUGUCGCUCGAAAGGAACCCGUGUGACUUGGGUGGUUCGAUCAAAAUGCGUCACUUUUUCUUUGCUCCUCCCCCACCUUUCCCUCCUCCCUCCUCUCUUGUCUCUACACCCAGACAGCCGGACAAAGGACUUAAAUAUUCUUUAUCCUGUUGAUUCUGCAAAAAAGAAAAGCUAUCAAAUUCUACUCUUAAACAGCCCGCGUGAAGAUCAUCCACCCGUUAUAUAAACAAGCAACCAUGACGUCUGCGUUAGCAACCCUUCCAUCAGACUUCCUUUGGGGAUUUGCAACUGCCAGCUACCAGAUCGAAGGCGCUGUUGAUGAGGAUGGUCGUGGACCCUCCAUUUGGGAUAAAUUCUGUGAAAUUCCCGGGAAAAUAGCUGACGGCAGCUCUGGGGCCGUGGCUUGUGACUCAUAUCAUCGCACUUAUGAGGAUAUCGCCUUGUUGAAAGCAUGUGGUGCAAAGGCGUAUCGUUUCUCGAUCUCAUGGUCUCGCAUCAUUCCUCUCGGAGGAAGAAACGAUCCCAUCAAUGAAAAGGGUCUACAGUUUUACGUCAAGUUUGUCGAUGACCUACUCGCCGCAGGAAUCACCCCACUCGUGACGCUGUUUCACUGGGAUCUCCCCGAGGGGCUCAACCAGCGCUAUGGAGGAUUCCUCAAUAAGGAGGAGUUUGUUGCCGAUUUCACAAACUACGCCCGGAUACUCUUCAACGCUUUCGGUUCCAAAGUUAAACACUGGAUAACAUUCAACGAGCCAUGGUGCAGCAGUGUCCUCGGGUAUAACGUGGGCCAAUUUGCCCCUGGCAGAACAAGUGAUCGUACCAAAAGCCCUGAGGGUGAUAGCUCUCGAGAGUGCUGGAUUGUAGGCCAUAAUCUUCUCGUGGCUCACGGGGCUGCGGUGAAGGUUUACAGAGAAGACUUCAAGACUAGGGAUGAGGGCGAGAUUGGAAUUACACUCAAUGGUGACUGGGCCGAACCAUGGGACCCUGAGAAUCCCGCCGACGUUGAAGCCUGCGAAAGAAAGAUCGAAUUCUCCAUCUCCUGGUUUGCAGAUCCAAUCUAUCACGGCAAAUACCCAGACAGCAUGGUUCAGCAGCUAGGCGAUCGACUUCCAGAAUGGACAAAGGAAGACAUCACCCUUGUCCACGGCAGCAAUGACUUCUAUGGCAUGAACCACUAUUGUGCCCACUAUAUCAAGGCCAAAACCACCGAGCCCGACCCCAACGACACCGCAGGGAACCUCGAAGUCCUAAUGGAGAACAAGGCCGGAAAGAGCAUCGGACCUGAGACGCAGUCUUCCUGGUUACGCCCGUAUCCGCUCGGAUUCCGAAAAUUGCUGAAAUGGAUCAGUGACCGAUACAGUCGGCCCAAGAUCUACGUCACGGAGAACGGAACGAGUCUCAAAGGCGAAAAUGACUUACCCCUUGACCAGUUGCUGAAUGAUGAAUUCCGGACGCGGUAUUUCCAUGACUAUAUCGGUGCCAUGGCGGAUGCUUAUACCCUAGACAGAGUCAAUGUUAGGGGAUACAUGGCAUGGAGCUUGAUGGAUAACUUUGAAUGGGCUGAUGGAUAUAAAACUAGAUUUGGUGUCACCUAUGUGGACUAUGACAAUGACCAGAAGAGAAUUCCCAAGAAGAGCGCCAAAGCUAUCGGCGAUAUCUUUAAACAGUAUAUCCUGACGGUCUAAGUUACCAGAAGGGUAAACACACUUAACGUCUGGGCUAUAUACCAUGUUCUAAUCUUCAAUUUUGUGUCUUAAAAAUGAAAAAAAUAGGGAACAUAUAGCUCUUGCCCAAGGUUACACAAAUCCUAAUUGCCACUUCUUUCAUUCAUGACCUAAUUCAAAAUGACAAGACUUAAGAUAUAACCAUCCCAACUAGAUAUACAAAUCAAAGAGCAUAUCGGAAAUUCUUCGACUCCAUAU